AUGGUGACAUACUCGGAUUCGCAAUCUUUUCAAAAGCCCAAUCCGUUUUCAGAGAAUAAGAGAAGCGGAAUGGCGAGGUUCAGAGUGGCCAACGUCAUUGGCGACCCGUUCGCACUCGCGACGAUUUCGAUAUCCAUACUCGCCUGGUUGAUCACCUUUGUUGCUUGUAUUGUCGCAAACAUCCAGUCAGACUUUCCAAACUAUGCUUGGUGGGCUGUUGCGUACAUGCUCUGUAUCAUUGUCGGGGUCACGGUCGUUAUAGGCUCGGAUACUAGCUUAGUAUAUGGUGUUGCGAUCGUCGGUUAUCUCGCGGCAGGACUGGUAUUUACAACACUCGGUGUGAACUCGCUUGUCUAUCAGUCGCAGUCUUCGAAACAGGCGGCUGCCGCUGGAUUUAUUCUGCUGUCUAUGGUGAUUAUUGUCUGGGUAUUCUAUUUCGGAUCAACGCCACAGGCUGCGCACCGCGAAUAUAUCGACUCGUUCGCUCUUCACAAGGAACGACAAGGCUCUUACCGCGACAGCAGGCCUAUGUCUAACGCCUACGGAGCUCGUCCGGAUACAUCGAGCCAGACGCCUCAAAUGUACACUUCUGCCCAACUCAACGGCUUCGAGACAUCGACGCCCGUGUCUGGCCAUGCGGGUGGUGCCCCCGGUUCGCAAAACCGGAACUCGUCUAUGCCACAGUUUCCCCCGGCUGCCGCUGUUGGAACGACAAGUGGCGAGGAACUAGCUCAACCAACCGAAUAUCCAUACCGGGCAAAGGCCAUCUACUCGUAUGAGGCCAAUCCUGAAGAUGCCAACGAAAUCAGCUUUGCCAAGCAUGAGAUCCUUGAAGUGUCCGAUGUCAGCGGGCGAUGGUGGCAGGCGAAGAAAGCGACCGGAGAGACCGGUAUCGCUCCGUCCAACUACCUCAUCCUGCUCUAA